AUGAGCACGCCCACUUCCAAGAGACAGCGCUCACCCAGUGCAGAUGACUUUGAUGAAUUUGAUACGAGUGCAGAAGACUUGAUUCGCGCCGUACAGGAGUCCGAGACACCCAAGAAGGCGCGUGUGAUGCAACAGCCGAAGUCCGAGAGCUCGUUGCCGACAGAAACAUUAUCCCAACCAUCGACUGAGUCUGUCUCUCAGCCAGCCUCACAACCUUCCUCUCAGCCUUCUUCUCAGCCUUCUUCUCAACCGACGCGCUCUCAGCCCUCCAGCUCAGCAUCGCCUAGCACAAAAGUGCCGACGUACACAUAUCCCUAUUCGGGCACAAAAGAAGAUCCACUUCUCCUGGAGCGCAUGACCAUGAACAAGGAAUGGUUCCAACGCCUAGAGCCUGCAAUGCGGCAGGAAUCAUUCAAGAAACUCAAAGCAUUCUUGGACUCAGAGAAAAGCGCCGGCAAGACCAUCUAUCCGCCGCCGCACCUUAUACACAGCUGGUCACGAACGACUCCAUUGGAGCAGGUCAAGGUCGUGAUCGUGGGCCAAGAUCCAUAUCAUCAGCCAGGCCAGGCAUGUGGCCACUCAUUUUCUGUGCCCAUGGGAAAGGCUAUUCCCGCCAGUCUACAGAAUAUCUACAAAGAGCUCAAGGCCGAGUUCCCAAACGACUUUGUCCCACCUCGUCACGGACGGUGA